GGGCGGUUCGGGCGGCACCGACCCCGCAGCGGUCCCCAUGCGGCGGCCCCCGCCGAGCCCCCGCCGCGCCCGGAGCCCCGCACCAUGCCCGAACCGCCCGCGGCACCGCACGACGGAGAGCGGCCCCGGAGGGCCCCGCCUGGGGACGAACGGACGGAGCCGGCGGCCCCGGGGGGGGUCCUGGACAAGCUUUUCGGGAAGCGGCUGCUCCAAGCUGGGCGCUACAUCAUGUCCCACAAAGCCUGGAUGAAGACGGUGCCCACCGAGAACUGCGACGUGCUCAUGACCUUCCCAGACACCACGGAUGACCACACGCUGCUUUGGCUGCUGAACCACAUCCGCCUCGGCAUCCCCGAGCUCAUCGUGCAGGUGCGGCACCACAAGCACACCCGCGCCUACGCCUUCUUCGUCACCGCCACCUACGAGAGUUUGCUGCGUGGGGCCGAUGAGAUCGGGCUGCGGAAACCGGUGAAGGCUGAGUUUGGGGGCGGCAUGCGGAGCUUCUCCUGCGAGGAGGACUACAUCUAUGAGAACAUUGAGAACGAGCUUUACUUCUUCACCUCUCAGGAACGGCAAAACAUCAUCAGGUAUUGGCUGGAGAACCUGCGGGCCAAGCAGGGCGAGGCGCUGCACAACAUCCACUUCCUGGAGGGACAGCCCAUCAUCCCGGAGCUGGCGGCCCGCGGCGUCAUCCAGCAGGUCUUCCCACUGCACGAGCAGAGGAUCCUCAAGCGGCUGAUGAAGUCGUGGGUGCAGGCGAUCUGCGAGGCGCAGCCACUCGAUGAGAUCUGUGACUACUUCGGGGUGAAGAUCGCCAUGUACUUCGCCUGGCUCGGCUUCUACACCUCGGCCAUGGUGUACCCUGCUGUGUUCGGCUCCAUCCUCUACACCUUCACUGAGAGCGACCAGACCAGCCAGGACAUCUGCUGUGUGGUGUUUGCCAUCUUCAACGUCGUCUGGGCCACGCUGUUCCUGGAGGAGUGGAAGCGCCGCGGGGCAGAGUUUGCCUACAAGUGGGGGACGCUGGACACCCCUGCAGAGUCCAUCGAGGAGCCCCGGCCCCAGUUCAGGGGGGUGAAGAGGAUCAGCCCGGUGACCAGCGCCGAGGAGUUCUACUACCCGCCCUGGAAGCGGCUGCUGUUCCAGUGCCUGGUCAGCCUGCCCGUCUGCCUCGCCUGCCUCUCCUUCGUCUUCCUCGUCAUGCUGGGCUGCUUCCAGCUCCAGGAGCUCGUGCUGAGCGUCAAGGAGCUGCCCCGCAUCCUCCGCUUCCUGCCCAAAAUCGUGCUGGCCGUCAUCGUCACGACCUGCGACGAGGUUUACAAGAAGAUCGCCUACUGGCUGAAUGAUAUGGAAAACUACCGCCUGCAGAGUGCCUACGAGAAACACCUCAUCAUCAAAAUCGUCCUGUUUCAGUUUGUAAAUUCAUACCUAAGUCUUUUCUACAUCGGUUUCUACCUCAAAGACAUGGAGCGGCUGAAGGAGCUCCUGCUCAUCUUCUCUCUGUCCCAAAGCCUCGUGCGCCAGCUCAAAGAGGCGCUCCUCCCCUUCAUCCUCCUCCACCUCCACCUCUCCCUCAUCUUCCUUAAGGGCCUCCUGGGCUUUUGCUGGAGACUGGGAGUAUCCAAAAUGCUGGCCACGCUGCUCAUCACACGGCAGUUCCUGCAGAACGUCAAGGAGGUGUCGCAGCCCCACCUGUACCGCCGCCUGCGCCGGGGGGAGCUCAGCCUGCGCAACCUCCGCGAGCUGUCCCACGCCGUCCUCCGCCUGCUCGCCCACCCCCGCGCACCCCCGGCCACUGGAGCAGCCCACGAGGGGCCGCGGGGGGAGAAGAAGUGUCUGAACGGGGGCUGCGGGGUGCCCGAGGAGGAGGAGGAGGAGGAAGAGCGUCGGGAGUCAGAUUCGGAGGAUGAGAGCGUGCUGGACUGUGGGCUGAAGCUGAAGAAGGUGAGCUUCAUCGAGAAGGCGGAGCGGCGCGGCACCGAGCCCUGCAGCACCGAGGAGGAGAGCUUCCUGGAGGAGGGCAGCCCCACCAUGGUGGAGAAGGGCAUGGACCCCGCCUCCGUCUUCGAGCUGGGUGACGAUGAGGAUGAUGCUGAAGGCCCCUCAGGCAGCCCAACCAAGGCAGCGGAGCCGGCCACAGGCCCACGGGUCACCCGGAGGAGGAGGGAGGAUGAGGAGGGUGAGGAGGAAGGGCGCAGGCGGAACCGGGCAUCAUGGAUCGAUCCGCCCGAGGAGGACUACUCGACACAGCUGACGCAGGCGGAGGUGGAGAGCUGCAUGAAGAAGUAUGAGGACACCUUCCAGGACUACCAGGAGAUGUUCAUCCAGUUUGGCUACGUGGUGCUCUUCUCCUCUGCCUUCCCACUGGCCGCCAUGUGUGCGCUGGUCAACAACAUCAUCGAGAUUCGCAGUGAUGCCUUCAAACUGUGCACGGGGCUGCAGCGGCCCUUUGGGCAGCGGGUGGAGAGCAUCGGGCAGUGGCAGAAGGUGAUGGAGGCCAUGGGCGUGUUGGCCAUCGUGGUCAACUGCUACCUGAUCGCGCAGUGCGGGCAGCUGCAGCGGCUCUUCCCUUGGCUCAGCCCCGAGGGAGCCAUCAUCUCGGUGGUGGUGCUGGAGCACUUCGCCCUGCUGCUGAAGUACGUCAUCCAAGUGGCCAUCCCUGACAUCCCUGCGUGGGUGGCCGAGGAGAUGGCCAAGCUGGAGUACCAGCGCCGCGAGGCCUUCAAGAAGCACGAGCGCCAGGCCCAGCACCACUUCCAGCAGCAGCAGCGGCGCAAGCGGGAGGAGGAGGAGCGGCAGCGGCACGCCGAGUACCAGGCGCGCAAGGAGCGCGAGGCCAACCGCGACGAGGCCAAGGCUGAGGCUGCCGGGCAGGACCCGGCCCACGACAAGAGCCAGAGCAAAGGGAAGGGCUCCGGGGGGUCCUCCGCGCACGGCUCCGACAAGCCCAAGCGGCCCAGCUCGCUGCUGGCCACCAAUAACGUCAUGAAGCUGAAGCAGAUCAUCCCUCUGCAGGGCAAAUUCCUCUCCGGGGGGGCCGGGGCGGGCAGCAGCCGCCAGGUCCCCCAGUCCCCCACCAGCAGCGAUAACAAACUCCCCGGCUUCCUCAGCUUCAAGUUCCUGAAAUCCCCCGAAACCAAGAGGGACGCGGCCACCGAAAAGGUGCAGUCGCCCACCAAGCCAUUCAACCCCGGCAAGCUCUUCAACUUUGGCAAGUCGGAAGGGACCGGCGGCAACGGGGCCACCGCCUCCCCCCAGCCCCGUGCUGGCCCCUCUGCGGAUGGGGGCGAGCGGCCGGGCCCCAGCAAGUCCCACCUCAAUGGGGCUCCUGAGGAUGGAGCCCGCGAGGAGCCGGAGCCACGAGCAGAGGAGGAGAGCGGGGGCUACAGACUCUGAGCCGGGCAUGCCGGCCCCAUCCCGGCCCCUCCAUCGCAGCCCCUCUGCUGGGACCCCAUCACAACCCCACGGAGGUCCGGCGGUGCCCUCGGAUGGAGCAUCCCCUCCUGCACCACCAACGGGCGGUGCUCCGUGCCCACCGUCCCCAGGAGGUCAUCCAAGGAGGAUUCGGUGUCCCCAGACCCGCAGAGCUCCAAGGGGCGCAGCUCGGGGCCACAGCUCCGCUCCAGAGGGAUGGACGGCAGCGAGGAGCCCGAUUCACCCGUGCCUACAGCCACCGCUGCGUCCCGCUGCACCACGGGGACGGUGCGCUGCCGAGAGCGGCCGGGAGGGAGGGGGCGAGCAGCGAGCGCCGGCUGCUGCGUCCCCAAGGCACGGGCAGCAUUUCUUGCACUAAAACCCAAACAAAACCCAAUGCGAGCGACUCUGCCAUUUUUCAUGCAACGGCUGCAGGCGGCGGCGAUGAGAGCUCAGAGCACCCUGGACCUGCAACGCUCCCUCGCCCUCUCUGCUUUCCUAUUUCGUGGAAUUAUUUUGCAAUAGGGCACUCGCGCACGGACGCACGCUGGAGCCGGGGAGGAGGAUGGGGUGGGAGGGUGGGCGCACGCCGUGGGGGAGGGGGUGGGAGCAGCUUUGCUUCUGGCGAGGUGGAGGAUUCGCUGGGUGUAGCGUUAGUGCUUCAGCAGCCACCGGCCCAGAGGGGAGGGGCUGCCCACGGCUCUGCUGGGUGCUGCUUCGCUUUAGGGCAUGGGGAGGGGGGCAGCUCCUUGCCCCCAGCCCUGCUCACUUCCCCCUGCCGAGCCACCCACCAUCUCCAAAGCAAGCAGGGGGAAAGGAGGGCUCUGGGGUGGCCACCCCAUCACUGUGCCUGGCCCAAGGCCUGGGCUGCAGAAACGUCAGGUUGUUCCCCCUCCCCACAUCCCCCCCACCCGACACGGUGUAUUUCUUCCUCUCAUCUUUGAAUCAAGCCAUCAAUACAGCAAUAAGGCUGGGGCAGCUCCAAGGCUCUGUGCUCUGCUCGCGGCACAGCAGGGCCAGGGCUGUGCCACGGCCACACCGCUGUGCUACCCAUGCCAAGCCCUGAGAGGCACAGAGGGCAGAGCAGCCCCCCACCAUCACACAGAACCAGGCACCACGUAUCUUCCCCUCCCUGCUGCCUCUAGGGGAAUCCUCCGCCCGCAGAGGAUUUCAGGGGUGAGCGCAGGGGAAUGGGAACAGGCAAACAGGGUGCAGGACAGGCAGCAGCACGUGGCAGGGCAGCACCCAGAGCACGGAGCAGGGGUACUGGUGACCCCAUUGCUGCUGUGCCCUGGAUGCCAGGAGGUGCAGAGCCCCUUCCCCCCCCCCCCCCCCCUCCUUUCCCCACUCACCAUUUCAUUUCUCUGCUUCCCCCUGGGUUGGGCUCGCCAGGCCAGCUCUUGCUCAGCUCAGUUAAAACGCGCUGCUCUUAAACUGAGUUUUGUUUGCCCCGUCUCCCUCGUGGCAGUAACAGUCCUGGCACAGCCUAUUCCUGCUCCAUCCAGCGGAGGACAGGGCCCCGCAUCCAGGGCACUUCUCAACGUUUCUCUAUACAAAAUACUUCUCCAGCAGCCGUCUGUCUGCUAUCUCACUUCUGGGCAGUUACUGUGCAAAGGAGGGAACUGUUUCUUUGGUUUUUUUUUUUCCCUUGCUGUGUGCUACUUCUUUGGCAACUGAAAGAAAUGGAAGGGGGUUAUUUAUUUCUUUUUAAUUUAUUGUCAUAUUUUUGUAAAACCUGCAGAAAUGCAAUAAAAGUAUAUUUCAACAA